GCCCAGUCCCGACACGCACAGAUGCACACACGGACAGAUACACACACAGAUACACACAGAGAUACACACACAGAGCCCCCGAUCCAGAGCCUUUCCCCCGACACGCACACCCCGCCAUCACCCCAGACUGGAGGUGUAGGUCAGGGGAAGGUGGGACGAGGCGCUGUGGGCGGGAGAGCCGUGCACAGGGGAGCCGGGAGGUGAUCCAGCAGCGCCGCUGCCGGUUCGGAGGGAGCGCCUGUGAGCGAGAGACGCUCGGAGGAAGCACCACCAGGAUCCCUGGGCUGCAUCAGCACGGAGGGCUCAGCAGAGCCGAGAAGGAUUUCACCUUGUUGCUGUUUGUUUCGGGAGAUUUUCGCUCCCCCCCCCGCCCCGGACACUGUCCAGCUGAGCGUUUGUUUCCUUGCUGCGUCCACAGGCGGCCUGAAAAAAAAAACCGCUUUUCCAUGUUAAGAGGUGAUUUUUGUCGUGGUCUUCCCGCGAGGAAGAGAGCGGCACCAAGCCUCCGAGAAGGGAGACGGGAUCAACUGAGGUUUUCCCUACCUCCGGCUGAACGUGAGAGUUCAAGUGACACCGGCACUGGCCUGUGGCCGACUGACUGCACGGCGAGCUGGAAUCACAGCCAGAGCUGCUCAAUUUACCUGCUCGAGGACCCUUCAAACCCUUCUGUUGACGGUAGAGAUUUGUAUCCCAAGGAAAAUCGGAUUAAUAUAAACUAUGCAGAGCUUUGCGGGGAUAUCUGGAGACUACUCUGUCUGCAUGGCUAAUCUUGAAAUUGUCUGAAAUAAAUCCUCAGCGCAAGGAAUAACGAGAUACUUUCAAUUAGUUUUUUUUUUCCUUGACGCUUUUUUUUUUUUCCCUUCUGCGAGAAUUUAACACUUCCAUUGGAGGGUUUUUACAGGAGAAUGGGACACACGCUGGAAAACUCACCACGCUUCAUAAAAAUCACGGGGGUAACAGUUUCCAUCAGCGUUGCGGUAUGAAAGGUUCUCGAUGGAUUGUCUGCUGGUGGCUACGAUGGAUCAGUCUUUCCCUGUUCCUGUUUGCGAUGUGCUGAAGGAUCCGGAUUUAGUGAAAUACUGACGCCUAUAAACUUACUCCCUCUCUGCUGAAGGCAUCGGAUGUGACAGUGCAGAGGAACAUGUGUUUCACAUUUCUGACUGGUUGUUUUGGUGCAAUCAAUACCUCCACAAGAAACAUUGACUUAGGUGGCGACUGUCAUAGCGGGAGGCACCCGGAGUGCAGCUCUCGGCUUGCAGGCACAGUGAGCACAAAUCAAAGAGCCCGCCGUUCCUGGGAAGCGGGGGCUUCGCUUCCCCCCAGACUGCGGGGCAGAGGCUCCCGACCCACCCCGGGGAGCCCGGCCCGGCGGGGCGGAAUGAGCAAUGACCAAAGCGCUGUCAGGAGUGGCGGGCAGUCGGAUCCGAUGGGGAUCAGUGAGGCAAUAGCGGUUGAAAGAAAGGUGGAUCGCGAAAUUAUUGCCCGAAGGAAUAGCAGGCGAGGCGGAAUGAUGAUAAAGUUAAACUUCUGUUUCAUCUUCUGUCGGGGAUGGUGGGCGUUUCUGUUGCUUCAGCUCCACAUGUUGCAAGCAGUGGCACAAGAUGAUGUUGCACCCUACUUCAAGACAGAACCGGGCCUGCCCCAGAUACACCUGGAAGGGAACCGACUGGUCCUGACGUGCCUUGCCGAAGGCAGCUGGCCCUUGGAAUUCAAGUGGUUACACAACGACAGCGAAAUCACCUCCUACUCCAGUGAAUAUAAGUACAUCAUCCCAGCUCUGCAGAGGUCUGAUGCUGGAUUUUAUCAGUGCAUUGUACGGAACAGGAUGGGGGCCCUGCUGCAGAGGAGAUCUGAAGUCCAAGUGGCAUACAUGGGGAAUUUCAUGGACACGGACCAGAGGAAAACAGUGACUGAAGGACAAGCUGCAGUUCUGAACUUCCCACGCAUCCUGAGCUAUCCAAGACCCCAAGUGACGUGGUUUAGAGACGGGCACAAGAUUAUCCCAAGCAGCAGAAUAGCCAUCACACUGGAGAAUCAGCUGGUGAUCCUUGGAACAUCAGUGACCGACGCAGGAGGUUAUUAUGUCCAGGCAGUCAAUGAAAAGAAUGGGGAGAACAAGACAAGUCCCUUUAUUCAUCUCAACGUAGCAAGUGCUGCAGACCCCGCUGAGCCCCUGGCUCCCACCAUCGUGAUCCGCCCCCGCAACACCAGCGUGGUCGCCGGGAGCAGCGAGGCCACUCUGGAGUGUGUGGCCAACGCCAGACCUCUUGAGAGACUAAGUGUGACCUGGAAAAGAAAUGGAAUAAAGAUAACCAGUGGCAUUAGCAGCUUUGGGAGACGACUCACUAUCACCAACCCAACCUCUGCCGAUGUGGGGAUGUACUUCUGUGAAGCAAAACUGAGAGAGAGCACAGAGGAACCAGCAAGAGCGAAAGCCUUCCUUUCUAUACUGGAACCACCGUAUUUUACGGCCGAGCCCGAGAGCCUGAUUUUGGCUGAAGUGGAGAAGGACGUGGACAUCCUGUGCCAGGCCAUGGGUGUUCCCAUUCCCACUCUGGUGUGGUACAAGGACUCUGUUCCCCUCAGCAAGCUGGAAAACCCCCGUUACAAAGUGCUGCUGAGUGGUGGGCUGAGGAUCCACUCCCUGCGCCCUCAGGAUGCCGGAAUCUUCCAGUGCUUUGCCAGUAACAAAGCUGGGGAGAUCCAGACAUACACCUACCUGGAUGUGACCAACAUUAAACCAGCGUUUAUCCAGCCUCCAGAGGAUACCACAGUCACAGAGGGCAUGACUGCAGUGCUGACCUGUGAAGUGUCAGGGGCUCCAAGACCUGCCAUCUCAUGGAAGAAAGGGAAGCAGAUCUUAGCCAGUGGCUCAGUUCAGAUUCCUCGCUUCGUUCUUCUUGAAUCUGGAGGGCUCCAGAUAACACCCGUUUUCCUCCAGGAUGCUGGCAAUUAUACUUGCUGUGCAGUCAACUCUGAAGGAGCUCUGAAUGCUUUUGUGAUGCUGACAGUGUGGAAUCGCACCUCCAUCGUCCGCCCUCCCGAGGACAGCACGGUGAUCAAAGGAACCACAGCCACCCUGCACUGCGAGGCCACUCACGAUCCCAGAAUUUCAAUCAGGUAUCUUUGGAAGAAGGACAGUGUUGUAAUAAAUCCAUCCAGCAGUUCCAGGAUCACAGUGGAGAAAGAUGGAACCCUCCUCAUCAGCCAGACGUGGUCAGGUGACAUUGGAGAUUAUACCUGUGAGGUCAUUUCUUCUGGAGGAAACGACUCCAGAAUGGCUCGACUAGAAGUGAUUGAGCUGCCUCAUUCCCCUCAGAAUCUUCUGGCCACUCUGAAUUCCUCCCACAGCCGGAGCGUGAUGCUCUCCUGGGUUCGCCCCUUUGACGGCAACAGCCCCGUGCUCUACUAUGUGGUCGAGCUCUCUGAGAACAACUCUCCCUGGAAGGUUCACCUCUCAAACCUUGACCCCAAGAUGACCAGUGUCACCGUGAGUGGACUCACCCCAGCCCGGACCUACCAGUUCAGGGUGUGUGCAGUCAACCAGGUGGGAAAGGGCCAGUACAGCACUGAGACCAGCAGGUUGAUGUUACCAGAGGAGCCCCCCAGUGCCCCACCAAAAAACAUAGUGGCCAGUGGACGAACCAAUCAGUCUAUUAUGGUGCAGUGGCAGCCUCCUCCUGAGAGUGAGCACAAUGGAGUUCUUCAUGGGUACAUCCUAAGGUAUCGCCUGGCCGGCCUCCCUGGAGAAUACCAGUAUAAGAACAUCACCAGUGCAGAAAUCAACUACUGCUUAGUGAAAGACCUGAUCAUUUGGACCCAGUAUGAAAUCCAGGUGGCAUCUUACAAUGGAGCUGGGCUGGGAGCCUUCAGCAGACCCGUGACAGAGUACACUUUACAGGGAGUGCCCACGGCUCCACCGCAGAACGUGCAAGUCGAAGCCGUGAACUCCACAACCAUCCAGUUCCUCUGGAACCCUCCACCCCAGCAGUUCAUCAACGGCAUUAACCAAGGAUACAAGCUUCUGGCCUGGCCAGUGGAUGCUCCAGAGAGUGUGACUGUGGUCACCAUCGCUCCGGAUUUCCAUGGAGUCCACAGUGGCUGCAUCACCAACCUGAAGAAAUACACCACUUACUACACCUCAGUUCUGUGCUUCACCACGCCGGGGGACGGCCCCCGGAGCACACCCCAGCUCCUGAGCACCCUGGAGGACAAGCCAGGAGCAGUGGGACACCUGAGUUUCACUGAGAUCCUGGACACCUCGCUCAAGGUCAGCUGGCAAGAACCUGUUGAGAAAAAUGGCAUCAUCACAGGGUACCAGAUCUCCUGGGAGAUGUAUGGCAGGAACGAGUCUCGCCUUGCCCGCACACUAUCCAACACAACCCUGGAGUACAAGAUCACGGGGCUCUCGUCCCUCACCACCUACACCAUCGAGGUGGCAGCUGUGACCGCGAAAGGGAGCGGGUGGGUCACGUCCUCCACCAUCUCCUCUGGUGUGCCCCCAGAACUUCCAGGUGCUCCAUCCAACCUGGUGAUUUCCAACAUCAGCCCUCGCUCUGCCACACUUCAAUUCCGUCCAGGAUACGACGGCAAAACCUCCAUCUCCAAGUGGAUAGUUGAAGGCCAGGUUGGUGUGCUGGGUGAUGAGGAAGAAUGGGUGAGUCUUCAUGAGGUGGAGAAUGAACCUGAUGCUCAGAUGCUGGAGGUACCAAACCUUACUCCUUACACUCAUUACAGGUUCCGGAUGAGGCAGGUGAACGUGGUGGGUCCCAGCCCCCUGAGCCAGCCCUCCAGGGUCAUCCAGACGCUGCAGGCCCCUCCAGAUGUGUCCCCUGGGAGCGUCACCGUGCGCACGGCCAGCGAGACCAGCCUGUGGCUGCGAUGGGUGCCCCUCCCUGACACGCAGUACAACGGCAACCCAGAGUCGGUGGGGUACAGGAUCAGGUUCUGGCGUGUGGACCUGCAGUCCCCUGUCCUCACGAAGGUCAUUAAUGACAGACUGGAGAGGGAGUACACGGUUGAAGACCUGGAGGAGUGGACAGAGUACGAGCUGCAGAUCCAGGCCUUCAACGCCAUCGGGGCAGGGCCGUGGAGCGAAGUCGUGAGGGGCCGUACCCGGGAGUCUGUUCCCUCUGCUCCUCCUGAGAAUGUCACUGCUGAAGCUGUGAGUUCCACCCAGAUCCUGCUGACGUGGGCUGCAGUCCCCGAGUCUGAACAGAAUGGUCUCAUCCUGGGGUACAAGAUACUUUUCAAAGCAAAAGAUUUGGACUCUGAACCAAAGAGCCAGACAGUGAGAGGGAACCACACCCAGUCUGUCCUGCUCUCCGGCCUGCGGAAAUUCGUCCUCUACGAGAUCCAGGUGUUGGCCUUCACCCGGAUCGGGGAUGGAGUCCCCAGCUCUCCUGCAGUGAUAGAGAGAACCAAGGAUGAUGCCCCUGGCCCCCCCGUGAGGCUGGUGUUCCCCGAGGUGAGGCUGACAUCCGUGCGGAUUGUUUGGCAGCCACCAGAGGAGCCCAAUGGAAUCAUUCUGGGGUACCAGGUCGCCUAUCGCCUGGCCAGCAGCAGCCCCAACAAGUUCACCACGGUGGAGGUCGGCUCGACAGUGCGGCAGUUCACGGCCACAGACCUCACCCCGGAGUCAGCCUACAUCUUCAGGACAUCUGCCAAGACCAGGCAGGGCUGGGGGGAGCCCCUGGAAGCCACGGUGAUCACCACCGAAAAACGAGAACGACCAGCACCUCCCAGGCAGGUGAUGACCCCCCAGAGCGACGUGUCCUCACGGAGUCUGCUGCUGAAGUGGGUCCCUGGAAGUGAUGGAUCUUCACCGAUCCGAUAUUUUACAGUCCAAGUGCGAGAACUGCCCAAUGGAGACUGGCAAACCUACUCCUCUUCCAUCAGCCACGAGGCGACGUCCUGCAUUAUCGAAAGCUUGAACCCGUUCACCUCUUACAAACUGCGAGUGAAGGCAACCAACGACAUCGGGGACAGCGACUUCAGCGCGGAGACAGAGGCGGUCACGACGCUGCAGGAUGUUCCAGAUGAACCACCCAGUUCUGUGUUAGUGACUCCCCACACGACUUCCUCUGUCCUUGUGCAGUGGCAGCCACCCAAAGUGGAGAGUCUGAAUGGUUUGCUCUUGGGAUACCGGAUCUACUAUCGGGAGCUGGAUUAUGACACUGGACCUGGAAGAGAAUCCAAAAACAUCCAGAACCCUUCAGCUUUACGAGCAGAGCUCACACCCCAAAGCAGCUUCAAGACAGUGAACAGCAGCUCUGCAUUAACGACGUAUGAAUUAACACAGUUGAAGAAAUACAAGAGAUAUGAAGUACUAAUGACAGCAUACAAUGUCAUUGGUGAGAGCCCUACCAGCACACCAGUGGAAGUGUUUGUGGGUGAAGCAGCACCGGCGCUGGCCCCACAGAACAUCCAAGUAAACUCCCUUUCUGCAAGCCAGCUGGAGCUCACCUGGGACCCCCCUCCUGCCGACAGCCAAAAUGGGAACAUCCAAGGCUACAAGAUUUAUUACUGGGAGAGCGACACCCAGAAUGACACGGAGAAAGUGAAGGUCCUUUUCCUCCCGGAGACAACGGUCCGGCUGAAGAACCUGACGAGCCACACACGGUACAUGGUCUGCAUCUCCGCCUUCAACGCCGCCGGGGACGGCCCCCGGAGCAGCCCCUCGCAGGGCAGGACGCACCAGGCGGCACCCAGUGCUCCCAGCUUCUUGGCGUUCUCUGAAAUCACUUGCACUACACUCAAUGUGUCUUGGGGCGAGCCGACAGCAGCAAAUGGAGUCCUGCAGGGUUAUCGAGUAGUCUAUGAGCCUCUGGCUCCCGUCCAGGGGGUGAGCAAGGUGGUGACUGUGGACAUUAAAGGGAACUGGCAGCGCUGGUUGAAGGUCCGUGAUCUCACCAAGGGCAUGACCUAUUUAUUCCGAGUGCAAGCCCGAACCAUUGCCUAUGGACCUGAACUUCAAGCCAACAUCACAGCUGGGCCAGCAGAAGGGUCUCCUGGCUCCCCUCAGGAAAUUUUGGUGACAAAAUCUGCUUCUGGGCUCACGCUACGGUGGACUGAGGGAGAUUCAGGAGAAAAACCCACGACUGGCUACAUUAUAGAGGCACGACCCUCAGAUGAAGGACUCUGGGAUAUGUUUGUGAAGGACAUCCCUCGCAGUGCCACCUCCUACACAGUCGGCCUGGACCAACUCAGACAGGGUGUCACCUAUGAAUUUCGGGUGGUGGCUGUCAACGAAUUUGGCUAUGGAGAGCCAAGUGUUCCCUCUGUGGCAGUAUCAGCACAAACAGAAGCCCCUUUCUAUGAGGAGUGGUGGUUUCUGCUGGUGAUGGCUCUCUCAAGCCUGAUCCUCAUCCUCCUGGUGGUGUUUGCAUUGGUCCUGCAUGGCCAGAGCAAGAAGUACAAGAACUGCAACGGAGGUAAAACCAUCUCCAAUGUAGAAGAGUCAGUCACCCUGGAUAACGGAGGCUUCACUGCUCUGGAGCUCAACAGCAGACACCUGAACAUCAAGAGCACCUUCUCAAAGAAAAAUGGAACCAGGUCUCCUCCUCGCCCAAGCCCAGGGGGGCUGCACUACUCUGAUGAGGACAUCUGCAACAAGUACAAUGGAGCUGUGCUGACCGAGGGCUUGGGCCUCAACGAGAAGCCCUUGGAAGUGUCGGAGUCAGAGGUCACAGACUCAGACUAUGAGGACGAGUUGCCAAAGCACUCCUUUGUGAACCACUACAUGAGCGACCCCACCUACUACAACUCGUGGAAGCGGCAGCAGAAAGGGGUGAAGCACCCGGCGUCCUACAGAUACGAGGAGUGCACCGCCAGCGAGACAGAACCCUAUUUCCAGACUGUCAUCACGACACAGAGCUCAGGAGGGGUGUACACCCCCACGGGACAGCCCGCGCCCGGCUCCCGGACUCCAGUGACAGGGUUCUCCUCCUUCGUCUGAGCCGGGGCUGGGGGACACGGCCGAGCCACGGGUGACACCCGGGGGGACCCGUCGCAGGGACUGUGUGCGCGUGACCGGGGCGGUGAACUGGGGGUGACUCCUCUAUCAGGGUAGAAACGGAUGGGAACACACGUGAGGCUGGGUUGGUGUUUCGUUUUUUUUUCCUGAAGACAAUCAACUCUAAAAAAAAAGAAAAAAAACCACGAAGCUGAACGAGCUGAACGUUUGUUUUAAAAAAAAAAAAAA